GCGAAAUCUUAGCAGAGGAAGACACAGCCGAGCGUAGCGAGAGACAGCACCAGUCCUGCUCUGCCCCGCUGCUGCCGCUCCUGCCGGCUGCCGCUGUGUCUUCCUCCUCUCUCUGCCAUCAUAUCCAGAACACGCGUUCUCUCUCUCCCUCCCUCUCCCUCUCUCUCUCUGCCACGAACAGCUCUGUCCUUUCCCUCUCCACCACAGCCCCUCCUGUCCCUUCCCCAACCUCUUUUGCCCGUUACAUCACAAUCAACUUGUACAAGCAGCAAUGCAGCCGUCACGCUCACAGCACGCCAAGCAGCACCCAAGAACGUCCCACGCGCGCUCGCGCACCCAGGUGCUGGAGGCGCCCCUGGAUCUGGGCUCCGAUUCUGAGUACCAAGAUUUCCAGUUCCAGUUCAUUCCAGAGGUGUUCGAGCUCCAGAUAGGCGGCGUCAGCGUUGGCAGCGGCGGCGGGGGGAGGAAUGGCGAUGGCAAGGUGACGGAGAAGGUUCCUGGGUUCGAGUUCGACAAGGUCAGGAUCAGCAUUGCGUCCAGCGACGACGAGGCCGAGGGAGAGGCGCUGCCCAGGAGCUCCUUCUCCGGGGCGAGCCACCCGCCAGAACCGGUGGACGAGAUGGACACCGUCUUCGUCGCCGUCGACGGGCGGGACAAGCCGGCGAAGCCGGUAAUCUCGUGGGACGCGUCCUCACCGCCGAGCGACGCCGCGAGCCCGCAGAGCAGCAUCGACAGCUCCGGCGCGGCGGCCACGGCGACAAGCAUCGCGCCAAGCUGCACGGUCACCAGCCGGAGCGCCAAGACCAGCGUCAGCAGCAGCGCGGCCAGCGACGGCAGCGGCUGGAGCAACGGCGCCGCCGGCGCCGAUGGCGGGAGCGGGGGGAAGCCGCACAAGGGCGGCGACCCCAGGUGGAAAGCGAUCCUCGCGGCGCGCGCGCGGGACGGGCCCCUCGGGAUGGGGAGUUUCCGGCUGCUGCGGCGGCUCGGGUGCGGCGACAUCGGGACUGUUUACCUGUCCGAGCUCAGCAACGGCGGCGCGACGGGUGCGGCGAGGCCCUGCUGGUUCGCGAUGAAGGUGAUGGACAAGGCGUCGCUGGAGAGCCGUAGGAAGCUGAGCCGCGCGCAGACGGAGCGGGAUAUCCUGCAGCUGCUGGACCACCCGUUCCUGCCCACCCUCUACGCGCACUUCGAGACCGACAGGUUCGCCUGCCUCGUCAUGGAGUUCUGCCCCGGCGGCGACCUCCACGCGCUCCGGCAGCGCCAGCCCGGCAAGCACUUCCCAGAGCACGCGGCGAGGUUCUACGCCGCAGAAGUGCUUCUUGCCCUGGAAUACCUGCACAUGCUUGGAGUGGUCUACAGAGACCUGAAGCCGGAGAACGUCCUCGUCAGGGAAGACGGGCACAUCAUGCUCUCCGACUUCGAUCUCUCACUCCGUUGCGCGGUCUCGCCGACGCUGGUGAGAUCUUCCCUGCAUUCUGAUCCCAGGAACGCGCAGUCGUGUGCCCAGCCUUCCUGCAUCCAGCCCACAUGCUUCAUGCCCAAGCUCUUCAACCAGAGAGGCAAGAAGAGCAGCACCAUAAAGAAAUCAAAGGGCACCGAUCCCAGCAGGCAGCAGAAGGCGUCCGCCGGCUUGCCCGAGCUCGUCGUCGAGCCGACCGGUGCGCGCUCCCUGUCGUUCGUCGGAACGCACGAGUACCUCGCCCCGGAGAUCAUCAAGGGCGAGGGCCACGGCAGCGCAGUGGACUGGUGGACGUUCGGCAUCUUCCUGCACGAGCUGAUGUACGGCAAGACGCCGUUCAAGGGGCAGACGAACCGCGCGACGCUUUUCAACGUCGUCGGCCAGCAGCUCAAGUUCCCGGACUGCCCGGCGACGAGCAACGCGAGCAGGGAUCUGAUCAGAGGUUUGCUGGCGAAGGAGCCUCAGAACCGGCUCGGCGUGAAGAGAGGGGCAGCUGAGAUAAAGCAGCACCCGUUCUUUGAGGGCGUGAACUGGGCGCUCAUCCGGUGCAGCACUCCCCCCGGUGUGCCGAGAGCUGUCGAGCCUGUCGCAGCAAUGCCGACGAAGCCGGCGCCGCCGGUGGAUAGAGUGGAGAUGAGCUUCAGCAAGAGGAUGGCAGGGGCAGAUGUUGAACCUGGAGGAAAGUUCCUAGACUUCGAGUUCUUUUAGAAGAUCUCUAGCCUGCUCUAGUUGUGUGUUAACAAUACUUAUUUUGGUUCCAGCAGUUGUAGGUGUUGUCCCGUACUGCUGGCGUCUGACCGGUUUCACUUCAAUUGUAUGUUGUACUUCCUCUCUGUUGUUUGCAAUGCGUAUCACAAGUUAGUCAACAA